UAAAUGUUAUAUAUAUAUAUAGAUACUGUUUUUAUUUCUGAUUAGUCGUUCACGUUUGAAAUAUGCGCGUUUCCAAAUUGGUAAAAUCUGAUUGGUUGAAGUUGAUUAGAUUUUGGUCCCGCCCCACAUGCCAUUAUGCGCAAUGUCUCUCGUAUACUUUCACCUUCCACAGUUCCACCAUGUGUACUAUAUUUUCUUUGGUGUGCCACAAUUGACAACAAUGGAGCAUUUGUCACACGCAAUCAAUAUAUUGUUUAUAUUAACUUGCAGUUUCACGGUUUCACCGGCUACCGCGCAUUACUGUGUAUGGGGCUUGUGUGAAUCGUCUGAGUAUUGUUGCGACGAAAAUGUAUGCUGCAGCUACAAAGACUAUGAUAUAUGGAUCACUCUGGUAAUUAUAGCUGGAGUUGUAAUUGGAAUGAUACUGGCUGGUACAUGCCUUCAUUAUAAUUUAUGUCGUAUCUAUUUAUAUCUGCAACAAAGAUAUUAUGGCGCAAGUUCUGUGUCAGUACCAUCAGAAUUUGAUUCUGAUGGAAAAGCAAUAAAAAUAUCAUUUCAGGAAUAAUAAGAAAGCAACUCGUCAUCAGAUCAAGCAUGUAACAUUCCAUUUUUAAGUGUGUGUGAGUGUAUGUGUCCUGUAUACGUGUGUGUGUAUGUAUAUAUAUAUAUAUGUGUGUGUGUGUGUGUGUGUGUGUGUGUGUGUGUGUGUGUGUGUGUAUAAACAGUAAACUAGAUAAAAUUGUAUCUCUAGUAACUUAUUCUUCUAUGUUACAAAAAUAUAAACUUACUAUAUAUGUUUA